AUGGCCAUGGAUCUGGACUCUGACCAAAAGGAAGUUGUAGAGAUGGGUUUACAGAGCUAUGGAAACCUCCUGGCUCAUUUAGAAACUGAAGACCCAUCAGAAGCAGCUUGCAAAGUGAAGGAGGAAUUGGAAUCAUUUGAAAAUGCCACGCUAAAUAUCGCCAUCACGGGAGAGACAGGUGCUGGAAAAUCAUCCUUUAUCAAUGCCAUCCGGGGUGUGGGACACGAGGAUGAAAAUGCGGCUGCAACUGGGGAGACAGAAACAACAAGGAAGCCAACUCCUUAUCCACACCCGACCUACCCCAAAGUAACAUUCUGGGACAUGCCAGGAGUUGAAACACCAGAUUUUCAGAUAGACCAAUAUCCUGAAAAAGUAAACUUUGACAGCUAUGAUUUCUUCAUCAUUAUAGCUUCUGAGCGCUUCAAAUCCAGCCAUGCCAAGCUCGCGAGGGAGAUUCGGGGAAUGGGAAAGAAGUUUUACUUUGUGUGCUCCAAAGUAGAUGCUGACUUGUAUAAUACCAAGAGGCAACGACCCUCCACCUACAAGGAGGAGAAAAUCUUGGAGAUGAUUAAAGAGAAUUGCAUACAGCACCUUGAAGCAGAAGGGAUGACCUCUCCUAAGGUUUUCCUUCUCUCCAGCUUUGAUCUAGAGAAGUAUGAUUUCCACGACCUAGUGGACACUUUGGAACAUGAACUUCCCAGUCACAAGAGACACGCUUUCCUGCUCAGCCUGCCGAACGUUUCUCCACAGACCUUACAAAAAAAGAAGGAAGCCCUAAAACAGCAGAUAUGGAAAUUAGCCCUCCUGUUGGGAGCUGCAUCUCAAGGCGUGGCUGCGAUUCCUGGUUCUCGUAGCAAAAGUCUCUCUCUUGCUUUUAAUGUUCCCAUCUUGCUGAAAUGCACGCGCGACUAUUCCAAGAGCUUCGGCCUGGAGGACGACUCCCUUGAAAAACUCGCUCAGCACUCUGGAAAGUCUGUCAGUGACCUGAAAGCCGUGAUAAAAACCCCUUUGGCCAAAGAUCUAACAGUCAAAUAUGUGUGGGAAUUACUGAGCCAGAGCCCACAGUAUUUAGUGAGUAUUGCCCUCACAGCUGGUGGAAUUUCUUAUAGUACCACCGGCUUCGCGCUGCAUAGAUUCCUAGAUGCAGUUGCAGAAGACGCAUAA